CUUCCUAAGUUUUUUUGUACUCCUAAGACUAUAGUGGCUGCUGUACCUCCUGCCAGUCAAACUGCCAUAGCGUCGUCAAAUCUUCAUGGAAUUUCAUGAUUCAACUUGCUGCUGAUAGACGACAGCAUUGCGCUCCAGAUCCAAUUUACAGAUCACCAUUAAAGUCAGCGAGCAGAUCGUUAUCAAUAUUUGAAGCCGUCUGACGGAAAUCCGACUGUGCUCUCUAUCUCUCAUUAUUGGCACAUCUGAGCCUAUUGUGACUAUAACAAGUGGUAUCAGAGCCCCUUGGAGCUGUCUCGACCAUGCCUAGGCCUGAGGAAGGGGGUGGCAGAGGUGCUGGAGGCAGAGAAGCUGCCCAAGCACAAGGCCAACACCAAGAUCCACCCGUUGCUCCGGUGCAACCUAGACUUGGACCCUCUAGGGGUGAGCCUAGAGUGUUUGGCCUUGACAAGUUCAACGGUGACAACUUUGCUGAGUGGUCUUUCAAGAUGGAGAACAUCUUUGACCACUAUGAUCUGCUGGAGGUGAUGGAAGGAACGGAGAAGCGCCCCGAGAACGACCCGGAGAAGAGCCCUGACCUUCAAAAGAAGACCAAGCUGCUGGCCUUACUUCCAGACUCAUGGUCCUCGCUCAUCAUCAACCUAAAUCGAGAUCUGCCCCGACUCUCACUCGAAGAUGUGAAGCGGGAAAUCUUACAAGAAGAUUUCCGCCGACGCGAAUUGGCGGGUCCCGAUGGUGCCGGAGUUGCAAGCAUGGGCUGUGGGCACGGCCGUGGAAGGGGCAGAGGGCGAGGAGGCAGAUUUGGGAGCAGUAACUUCAGUGGAGGCCGUGGUAAUGGAGGAUAUGGCACAGCAACAACAACAACAAUGGCUACGGGCGUGGGCGCGGUCGAUUUGAUGGCGAAUGCCACUUUUGCCACAAGACCGGCCACAUGUGGAGAGAUUGCUUCAGAUUGCCUGAUGGAUGGACCCCUUCUCAAGGCCAAGAGGGCAGAGGAGCAAGGGGAGGAAGAGGCAGAGGUCGUGGAGGCCGUGGUGGCCGUGUAGGUGAAGCGGCAAGCAUGAAAGGUGGAGACUACGACAAGGACUCGAGUGAAGAUCGAUACCCGGGCCAAUUCUUC